UGUAUUGUGGUUCCCGGAACAUUUUAGAAGCUGUUUCUUGUUUAUACUCCACAUCCUUGUCACACCGAUAGGUGAUUCAAGAACAUCAUUUAAAUACACAAUUUUUCUUUUAAAUUUCUUCAUAGGCAACUUGCAGAUUCCUUAGCCUCCAGCUCGACUCCACGAUCCAACACCCUUCUUGAAGAAACAUACAUCGUGUCUCACCUGCAUCGAUACUGGGACAUCAUUUCUCAUGGCAGCAUUUCAGACCACUCCGUGGAGGUUGAUUUCUGGGAUCUUAGGAGUAAUGUGCAUUUUGUUGAUGGCUACUUUGGGAAUUUUGUUGAAAAAUUCAUUUACUCAACAAAGUAUUCAGUCAACAGUCUCUCCUGAACUGGACACAGAACUCCAGCAAGGCUCUGGCUGCUGUUCUUGCCCAGAAAGGUGGAUUGGGUAUCAAUGCAACUGUUACUUCGUGUCUAAUGAAUUAAAAACUUGGGCAGACAGUAAGGAUUUCUGUGUUUCUCAGAAUUCCAGUCUACUUCAGAUGCAAAAUGCAGAUGAAUUGCGUUUUAUGAACUCCAGUAAAAGUUUUUACUGGAUUGGACUCUCUUACAGUGAAGAACAUGGUGCCUGGUUGUGGGAGGAUGGCUCUGUUCUCUCCCAGGAUCUAUUUCAAUUCUCUCUAACGGCAAAUCCAAGGAAAUGUAUAAUGUAUAGCCCAAGCAAAAGUGUCUUAGAUGAAAACUGCCACAGCACAAAUCGUUAUAUCUGUAAGCAACGGCCUACUUAGGUGCUUCUUGGAGCAAAAGGGGUCGUCAAUGAAGAUCCAGCAUUACUUAGAAUGGUACUGUUCCUCUUAUAUGGCUACUAAUUAUCUACCGCUGGCAUCUGUAAAAUGUUUCAAAUUGUGUCAUAGCAUACACUGUUUAUUUAUUUGAAACCACCUGUUUUAAAAUUGAUGAAAUUUGUGCACCGACACUUGAAAUUAUAAAGUGUCAAGAUAAAGUAUUUCAUGAAUAUUUUGAUUUAAUGAAUAUGUUCGGUGUCAAAUUGAAUACAGUUAUAUGCAUAUAUUCUUGUAAAUUAUUUCUGCAUAAAUUUAAAUAAAACUUACUUCACACUAAAUAAUAUGUAUCAACAUCAUUUCAGUCUUUUGUAUGGCAUACUAAAUUGCGAAGUCCCGUCUCAUCUCGCUU